AUGAGCCAAGCUGACUUGUUGCAUCUGCGUAUGGUCGAGGCGCCGGCCUCUAAGUUGUUCACUCAGGAUGAGCUUAUGGCGCUUAUCAACGAGACUGAGUUGGAUAAACUUCUUCUAGCCACACAGAGUCUUGUGAACCGUAAGAUGAUGAAGUUGGCGAAGGUGGGCGACGAGUUGCGGUUCCAGGCGAUUCUGGCAUCGGAAACGAAGAAACUUACGUCGAUGACUGAUGACGAACAGAUGAUAUACUCGUACAUUGAAGCCUCUGGAAGAGAAGGAAUCUGGACGAAAACCAUCAAGGCAAAGACAAACAUGCACCAGCACAUCGUCAUGCGGUGCUUGAAGCUGUUGGAGCUGCAGCGGUACAUCAAGCUGAUCAAGUCGGUGAAACAUCCUACAAGAAAGAUCUAUAUGCUUUAUAACCUCCAGCCUUCCAUUGACGUGACGGGAGGGCCUUGGUUUACCGAUAGCGAGCUCGAUACGGAAUUUAUUGACUCGUUGCUUACGGUUGUGUGGCGUUUUAUAGCGCUGAAGACGUUUCCUCUGGCUUUCCAGGAACCUCAGCGUAACAUCAACGUCUUUCUGAGCGUCUACCCUGCUUCACAUACUGGAUUCGCCAGUCUAGACGCCGUGAUGGACUUUAUCACUAGCAACAAGAUCACCAAUAUCGAUUUGGCGCUUAACGAUGUCAGAUCGCUUUGUGAAGUGCUUAUUUUUGACGACAAGAUCGAGAUCGUCAGAGAUACCACCGAUGUGUAUAAAGCCACGUGGCAGCUGGUUCUUGAAGCUGGCUACGGCAGAGGUUACAGAGACGGGGCUCUAGAUCUGGAGCAACAACGGUUCUUGGGUGAAUUGGACGAUAAACACCAGUUCAGUCUUUUUGACCAUUACUCUGUGAUCAACACGCAGGUGGACGAAGAAGACGUGGUUUACCUUGAUCUGUGGCUCAGAACAUGA